UAAAAAAAAAAAAAUCACUCUCACACACAGCCUCCCACACACACACGCACACUGUGCUGAGAGCUAGCAAGGGGCUUUAAACAGCUUCACACUAUAGAGACAAAGGGACUGUAACUUGCCACAAUGGAGGAAAACAUGGAUGAAUCACAAAGCCAGAAAGGCUGCAAGGAGUGCUGUGAGCGAUGUGUGGGAAGUCUGCCCUGGGCCUCUCUCAUUGCUACUAUUCUCCUCUACAUGGGUGUGGCCUUGUUCUGUGGGUGUGGCCACGAGGCUUUGAGCGGCACCGUUACCAUCCUUCAGAACUACUUUGAAGUCAUCAGAGCUCCGGGAGAAACACUGGAUGUGUUUACCAUUAUCGACAUCCUGAAGUACAUCAUCUACGGCCUGGCAGCUGGAUUCUUUGUGUUUGGAGUGCUGUUGCUGGUUGAGGGCUUUUUCACCACCGGAGCUAUUAGGGAUCUCUAUGGGGAGUUCAAGAUCACUGCCUGCGGACGCUGCCUGACUGCAUUCUUGAUGUUCUUGGCCUACCUGUUCUUCCUAGUAUGGCUUGGAGUGACAGCAUUCACCAGCCUGCCGGUCUUCAUGUACUUCAACGUUUGGUCCAUGUGUCAGAACACCAGCUUGGUGGAGGGAGCCAACCUCUGCCUGGAUCUGCGUCAGUUUGGAGUGGUGACCAUCUCUGAGGAGAGGAAGGUGUGUACUGGUUCUGAGAAGUUCUUCAAGAUGUGUGAAUCCAAUGAGCUGGACUUAACCUUCCAUCUAUUCGUGUGCACACUGGCAGGAGCAGGAGCUGCUGUCAUCGCCAUGGUCCAUUUCCUGAUGGCUCUAGCUGCUAACUGGGGCUAUCUGAAGGACGCUAGCCGGAUCCAGAAGUAUGAGGACAUCAAAUCGAAGGAGGAGCAGGAGCUGCAUGACAUCCACUCCACACGCUCCAAAGAACGUCUCAAUGCCUACACAUAAACACACCCUUACGAGAGAAACAACACACGCACACACACACACAAGCUGAUAUACACACAGAAACACACAAGGCCUAACAAAAGCCUAAGGAUAGCAGAAACAUACAGUACAUACAUCAAAGAAAGAACGACAACACAAACAUACAUUCAAAGACACAAAUUAGGACAUUAUUAGGCAGAAUUAAUUUGAUGACGUAAAAAUAAUGAAAACACACAAAACCCAUGCAGUAGAUCAUUGGCUCAGGUGAUCUGUGCUAACACUUUAGCAUCUGCUCUGUUGGUUUGCCUCAUACUUAUAUUAACCCUGACUUUGACUUUUGAGUGAAGUCUUUACCAUUACCUUAAAAAGUGAAAACAAACACAGAACAAACCCUCAUCAGAGGAAGUGGUGCUGGUGAUGGCAGAUUGCAUACUGCUCAAAGUCACCGAUCAGAAGCUCCAUGAUCACGUGAUCGCACAAUUCAAAUUGUUCCAAAAAGGAAACCUGGCAACAUUGACUUUAAAGAGUUCAUGAUCCUUCGCUCUGAAGUCAUAAAGGCCUAAGUUUACCAGCGCUGGCCUCUGCCUUUUUGGGCCCUAAGCUUGCCUUCAUCUUCAAUUCCCCAAAGUAGCUUUGCAGUGUGUGAAUGGGCAGAUCAAUCAACUGGAAAACUACAAAAGAAUUUGUCAAACAAAACAAGUACAGUGUGUGUAUAAUAUAGCACAAGAAACAUACAAGAUAUUGCAGAAAGAAACAAUGAUGACCAGAAGAACCCAAAGAUUUGUUUUAUUUUAAUUCACUGGUUUGUGGUCUUAAACAUCUAAUUAGUUUGGACCAACUUUGUCUUUUUCUUUUAAAAACAAAUGCAAAUAUUAUGCUAAAAGGUUGGUCUUUUCUUGGUGUCAACCUCGGUCACCAUGGUGAUCAUCAUAGCUUGCUGCAGAACUGCUAUGAGUUGUUAGCAUGGCACACUAAAGUCAACAAUCUACAGCAGACACAAGGUGGAGUUAAGUGUCUAUGAGCUCACCCCGUAAUGUGGGGGCCGUUCAAAAGGGUGAUAUCACUGUAUCUCCCCAACAGCAUCAAAAUGUGCAGUAGAGACAUACAGAAUUCAUCCACACAGACACUCACGACACACACACAUACCGUAGAUGUGACUGAAUGGUCGGUGUUGUGCAGGCAGUGUUGUAUGUUGUUGUCAUGCUGUGUCGUGUCGUUUCGCCACAUUAUGAUGACUGGUAUUGCAGAGAAAUAUGGUCCCCAAGGAAAUGUGUACCUCCCAGGUACAAAUGAGUAGCUUUGAUACAUUUUCCUUUCCUCCCCUCCUCCUUUUGACUCAUUUUCCCUGCAACCCUACCCAUCCUCUUUCUCUAUGUGCCCCUGUUCACCUUAAAGCCCAGGUGAUUAGUUGAUCCACAUAUCCUUGUUCCGCAUACUGACUGGUAUAUGUUCCACAAGUAGCCAUUUGUGGCGCAGGGGGUUGGGUUUUUGAAAUUAAAUGCAGACUUAAAAGUUCAUUGUAAUAUUAAUAAUGAAACCAUAUGCUGAUUGAGGAAAAAAAACCUCAAAUGAAGAUGAUGUCAUAAAUGAUCUCAUUGUCCAAAUCCCCCAAAUAUUGAUUUAUUUGUACUCUAUAUGGUAUAUGAGGCUCCUUAAGGUCACUUGAACUUUCGGAGUAAGACCACCUACAAUGCCAUUGGGGAUUUCAAAGAGGCCAUUUAAAACACCUAAUGAAACAGGGCUUUGUGUUCUUCCCCCUUUCAUCCCAGUUUGUAUAAGCUGACGAUUUGUCCUCAGAAACAGCACACCUUAUCAGCAUUAAGUCUUUUAAAAAGUGGCAUGUUCUCAUCGGUCUGAUAAACAAUGUUUUUUUUCUCACUUUUUAAAAUGUUGCCACAUUUUUUACCAGUAAUAUCUAUGUAUAAUAUUAGCCUUGUUUUUUCUUCAAAUGGGGCAGGUGUAGGGCGACAUCACUUUCACAUUUUUAUGUAACGAUUCUGUGUUUCAGUGGUUCUGCACACAUACAAAUAUGCACAAACACACAUACACAUGCGUAUACACCAAACGUCUUCUCGAGAGUUUCAAUUCUCUCAUUUAUGUUUUCUUUUUUAUAUCUUUCUCUCACAAGCCCUAAUAUACGACGGCAUAUCAGGGCCAUUUUAGGUAAAAAAAUGAUAAUAAUUACGGAGAGGGGGAGGGUGGUAAUAGUCUGACAAAAUAGUCAAAAUAUCCAAGAUUAAAGCUGUAAAUUUAUGAGGAAAAAAAGGAUAUUCUGUGAGAUUUAAAGUGGCAAAUUUACGAGGAAAGAAAAAUGUUAUAGACAUGUUUUCCUUCUUUGUGUCUUUUAUAAACAUGAAUAAAUGCUAAUAUUGUAAAAGUUAGAGGAAAGUAGAGACAAACACAUUCUAUCUUUGACUACACAAAGGUGUGUGUCUUUUAAUUCGCCACUUUAUUCUCAGAGAAUAUCCAAUUACAUUUUUUUUCUCAUAAAUGUACUAAUUUGAUCUCAGAAAUUCUUAGUUCUUUCUCGGAAUAUCACCCCCUCCCCAGGCUCCAUAAUCAUUCUAAUGUUUAUUACCUUCAAUGGCCCUAAUGCACCGUCCUACUAAUGUGACCAAAACAGCCAUUUAUUUAUGAGUUGAAUUUUAAAAAGGAAUUCUGGGUGGUGUUUUAGUCGUGUAGGAGUGGCAUCAUUGAAGGUUGUAACGGUUGAGCUCUGAGCAGGAGGUUUUUCAAGAUGGAGGAUCAAUGUCCCGCUUUCCCUCUUAUGAAGAGUUUGUGAGUGUUUGAAAUGGAUAGGAUGGAGUGCUGUAACUUGAGAGUUGGGAAUACUGACUUAUAAAAAGAAAAAGGUCUGGAGGCGCUGAGGGAACCAGGAACAAAGAGAUACAACUCACCAUUAGUGGCUGCAGGGAUUGAUUCUACUGGAGUAGUGGUAAUGGGAAUGAAGACCGAGGUGAAUGAAGUCCCAGCUAAUAAGCCCAUGGUUUCCCGUAGGAAUGGUUGACUUUACUGGAUAGGUUUGUGGUUUUAGGAAUGUUCCCAGUUUACAUUUGCUGUCUCAUUUAUCUCCACAUGUGCUUUCAUACUGGAUGCUGCAUACUAUUCGUUUUAUAUCAGCAGAACUACACCUGCUGGGAUGAGACUUUAACUAACCUGCUUCAAUUUGAUCUAAAAGUUAGGGGUUUUAAAAAUGAUCAACUGAAAUAUCACCAUGAUUCUGAAUGAGAUUGUGAUUUGUGAUGUCCUGGUUCUAGCUGUGAAGGGAUGAUUCUCUAUCUGCCAGUAGAGAUGACUGAGAGGGAAUUCACUUUAUCCUCAGAAUGAUUACGGUGCUGAUGAUGAUGAUGGUUAUAGUGUUGAUGACAUUAGUAAUUGAAGGGUUUGAUUUGACGAGACUACCAGCACACACACACACAGACACACACACACACACACACACUCCACCACCGCCAUUACUCUGAGCCGAAAUUCAUCGGUCAUUUACUUUUCACCAAUUACAUUUCACUAUUUUACAAUCAACUUUUAAUCUUUGAGACUUUUUAAAUGUGAAAUCAUUUAUUUCAAAAGAAAGUAAAUGUGUUUUUUUGUUGUUUUUGUGGUCAGUAUUAAGCACUGUACCUACAUUAACUCUGUAAAAAGAUAUACAUAUAUGUGAAACAGUUGAGGUGAGCAGCCGGGAGAAUGAUUUCCUAUUGGUUGAGUCUGGAGGAGGACGUUGAGUCCCAAUGUAUUGAGCCUCUACUCCCUAAGAGAGCUGCCUUUACACACACAUGAAAGUAUUUGCAACACAAUGGUUAUCGAAAAAGGUAGAAAGAGAAAACUAUUAUAUAAAAAACAGAUGUGUGCCAGAAAUCCGUAUAAGGUAGUGGAUAUAUUGGCUAAUUUAAAGGUAGCAUGAACAUUAAAAUAUCUAAAAAUAAUACUUAUUGGAUAAUGUGCUACAAUAUUUAAAACAAUACUCACAAUGUUAUUUGUAGAAAAAGAGGUUUAAAAAAUGUAAAAAUGCCUGUAGAGUCUUUUAAGAGGCAAAAUUGGUCACAAGAUGGCACCUCAGACUGAUAGAAAUGCGUGUGGGUUGUUUUUUAUCAUUCGGCCCAAAAAGCAAAUCAGAAUGCUGUGUUUACAAAUCGCAAUAGACAUAUCCUUCUAAUCCUGCCUUUAAGUUGGUAAUAGUGAAGCCGAACCUGAGGACACUUAGA